UGUUCCAAUGGCCUCAGAAGGGCAAAGUGAGGAUGCAGAACAUGCAGCUGAGCCUCCUGCAGCUCCUGUGCAAAGGGACAGGACAUUCCAGUGGGGAUCCAUCCUUGCUGCAGUGAAGGAUCACCUCCCAUCCCUGGACUCCGACUCCUCCACAUCUGAUUGUGAGAGUGAUGAGGAGCUUUUCAUCUUCCAGCGGGACCUGCCAAACUUAAUUCCGGACCUGUCGGAAGAACUGAUGAUGUUUUCCCUGGAAGACUCCCAGGAACAGCAAAUCCAGGAGACAGAAAGACUUCCAUGGGAGAUCUGGAAUGAAGACUUGGAAAGUUUUGACUUUCAGGAAAAAACAGAUGGUGCCCAAAUCACUGCUAAAGAAGAUGUACAAAUGAUUAAAGAUGAGGCUCCUGAACUUGCCAGCCAGACUGAAGAAAUGCCAAGCCAAAAGGGAGCUGUUCUUGAAGAGUCUCUUGCAGAUUCCACAGAUCAUCUUGUGGAGAAAGAACUGGGCAAGACACAGGCCAGGGAAGGAGGGAACUCUUGGAUUAAUCCAGCAGUGUCUGUGGAAGGGCUCUACAGUAAAAAGGAGAGAAAAAAGCUGAUAGAGACAAAGAUACUCUCCAAAAUCAUUCUGGAGCCAUCCCCAAAGCAGGAGAUGAAGCCUCCCUCCCAUGGCAUCAACAAAAUUGCAGGAAGAAUUGCAAAGGAGGAAACCUCCUCAGCUGAGCAUCUUGGAGAAGUGACCCAUUUGUCACUGCAGGCAACAGAAAAAUGGGAUCUGGACAAGAAUCUUGAGGAGCUAGAGCAGCARAGGGAUAAAACUCAUGCAGAAGUUCCUUUCUUCCCAGCAGAUUAUGCAACCUUCAGGAAGAAGUCUGAAGCUGAGCUCCUGGAGAAGCUGGGAGAGCUGUGUGUCAGGCAGUCCAGGAAAGGGUCUUCUGACUCUGAGGGGCCAUCAGCCAAGCUCUGCUCCUUCCAGGGACAGCAGGAUGAUAAGGAUGGUGCCUUGCUGUCAUCCUCUCCACGUUCUCUGAGGAUGGGCAGGAUGAGAUCCUGGUGCCCAUCAAAGCCUGUGACUGUGUACAUAGAUUUGAGAGAUGCUGAGCCACAGAAGUCAGUGACGUUCCCUAAAGAGGAGCAAAGUGCAAGUGACAGCUCCUCCUCCUCUGAAGAAGAGACUGUGACAAUUAAGGAUGAAGCAGAAAGGAGAAUGAGGAAUUGCUCAGGGAAAAGCCUCUUACUGCAACAGCUUCGAGCAGCCCGUAAGGAGGCCUUGGAGCUUCUUCAUAAAACGUCUGUUCCAGCUGAAAAACCUCAUCCAGAAAGGCUGGAAAAYGGAGGUUCCUCUAAUAUAAGUCAAAAGCAAUCUUGUGAAGUGAGGCAAGAGACAAAUGAGGUGGUUCCUGGGAAACUGAUGAGAUUGGAACCAGAGAAGAAAAGUUCCCCCUUGUUGAGCUGUGGAGCCAAUGGAGCUGCCACGGAAAAAGAGAACAAAAUGGAAGCUGAGAAGGUUCAAAAUGCAGGAAAUGCUCCAGACUGUCCUGAAACUACAACAGAAUUGCCAAGGAGAGAAGGAAGUGAAAGAGAGUUAUCCCAAAAGGAAGAGAUGAAAGAGAGGCAGAGGAGAUGCAGAUUGCAGGAGCAGCUGGAGCAGCAGCAGCCUCAGCGCUCGGUGUGUGGGACACAGCCCAUGGCAGAGAACACCCCGGUGCUGUUCCACAUGGAAGCCUCUUUUUUGCCAGAUAUCGACACCCUGCCUGGAUCCCGCAGUGUGGAAAAGGAGAUGCUGCUGAUGACCAUUUGGCUGGCAAAUUGUGGCCAAGUGGCCACAGCUCAGUGUGAGGGGCAGGUGCCUGACAAGGUGCUGGGAGCAGCCAACAUCUACCAUGCCCUGGUGACSUGGCUCCUGUCCCUGGUGCCUCCUGUGAAGAGGAAGGAUGGCCCCAAAGCUCCAUUUGAGGUGGUGGGGCUGCAGCAGGCCUGGAGAGAGGAAGGCUUGGCCCUCUAUGCCUGCCUGGUGGCUCCAGAGGAACCUUCAGCCCCGAGCUGCCCCGAGAUCCACGAGUCAGGAACUGCAGGAGAUCUCCAAGGAACAUCCAGCUUUUACCAGAAGAUUUCUGCAUUUCUCACCUCUACAUGGUUCCCAGAUGUUAUCUGGUGGAGAGAUGAACUGGCCAGUCAUUUCCAAAACCAGCUGUGCCCACUUGUCCCUGAAAUCCCCUCUGUCCUCCUCAGUAACAUCACUGCUGUCAAUCCUGACCCUCAGGCGGUGGAGAAGGUGUUUGCAGUGCCAAAGGGAUUUUACUGGCAGACAGUUGAGAGUGAUGACAAACACUUCCCUGACAGCAGCGCCAUGGAGGCUUGCAGAGACACAGACACCGAGGUUGCCAUGGUGCUGCUGUUCCAGGCUCUCCUCCGGAGCCCCCUGGAGACCCAUCACACGCUGCAGCUGCUGCUGGGCUCAGGGCUCGAUGUCUGCGGCCUCCGCCUGCUCUACCCCGGGCAGGAGCUGCUGCUCUCCAGCUCAGAAAAUCUGCCUUCCUCCUACACCUCAGAGCCUGGCAAGGUGCCCCCAGUGCUGGCAUUAUGUGUGAGAGGGCCCAAAGCCCGUGACACCCUGCAGGACAUCACCCGUGGCUCUGGCAGCCGAGCAGAGCCUCUCGUGUCCCUGCCCCUGCCCAGCCGGCUGCACAGGGAGCUGUGCCUCUGGUUUGGAGGGAGAGCUGCUGCAGUCCUGCCCCCAGCUCACAGCUCUCAGAGUCCUUCAUCAACUGGGGCAGGAGCAGAUGAAGAAAAAGUUGAUCUCCAGGGCUUGCUGCUGCCUCGACCUCCAGCCAUGCUUGUCUCAACUACCAAAGGGGACAUCAUUCUGCUGGUGUCACCUGUGGUGCCCCCAUGUGCCUACGGGGCCGUGCUUUCAGCCUGUGCUCGCCGGGGCUUUGUGCUGCAGGGACUCCGCCGGCUGCAGCUCUCAGCACUGCAGGCUCUGGUGCUGGGCAUGACAGCAGGGCAGAUCGCUGUCUUUUGCCCUGGUGAGAGUUCCAGCUCACCUGCUGUUGCUGCAGGAGGAGAUGUCCCCUCUGGAGCCCGCAGGCACUGCCUGCUUUUGCUGCUGAGGAGGGAGAACGCCACCCAUCACAUCCCUGCCUUGCUGACAGGGCUGAUGGAGGAGCUGGCCAAGCCAGGCCUGAGCAGUGUCCACCCUGCAGCCACUGGGCUGGAGCCCUCGCUGUGCUUCCAUGGGGCACCCUACACCGAGACCUUGCUGCAGAGCCUGGGAGGAAAGCUCAGCGCAGUGCCUGAGCCCCAUCACAUUCCUCUGGAUUUUCUGUGCCACCGAACUUWCGCUGCUGAGCCCGGCAUGGAGCAAGUUGUGAUGCUGACAGUGGUUGGGAUGCAGGCUCUGAAGAGUGCUGGAGAACUCCUCCAGCACAUCCUSCUUCCCAGCCUCGAGGAUCAGUCUGGGAGUGCAGGAGAUUCAGGAUUUGAGCUGCUAGGCCUGAAGUGGCUGCCCCAYCUCACUCGGUGCCAGGCCAGGGAAAUCACCCCUUUUGAGGCUGGGGACACUCACUGGCAGAGGAGCCUGGAGCUGCUGAUAUCCAGCCCUGUCCUGGUGUGUGCACUCCGGGCCAUCGACGCCUUCCAAGCUCUGGGAGCUGCAYUGAAGGGAUGGACACAGGGCAGGGACAGGCUGAGCACAGGUGACAGCCUCCCUCAGGCACUGAUGGCUUUGACUCCAGAGGUGACAUUCAGACAAGCCAUCCUCUUCUUCACAGAAGCUGAUUUGGUGGCUGAUGCAGAACACCGUCCUGCUAUGAAAUACCUGCCACCACCUGGCAGGAGCUCCAGCACUGAAGGGAAGACUACAGUGGGUGAGAGCUGGAGCUGCCGGGCAGAAUCCAUGUUUUCCUACCUGCAAGCAGGGGCACAGGUUCUGUGCACGGUGCUGCUCAUCAAACCCGGGCUCUGGAGCCGCAGCCUCCCCGGGAUCCUCCGCAAUCUUCACCUGGAAAAAUUCAGCGUGGUGGGGAUGAAACACCUGGACCUGCCCGCGGCCACUGCCUCGGUGCUCCUGCCCGCCGAGGUGCAGCAGGAUGCGGCUGCUUUGGAAGCUCACUGUGCCUACCUCACCUCGGGCACUGCCCUCGUGCUGUGCCUGCAGAGACCCAACGCUGUGAAGAAGCUGAUGGAUCUCCUGGGGCCAGAGGAUCCCCAGCUGGCCCAAGCCCUGGACCCACGCCUCUGGAGGGCUCAGUAUGGCWCCAGCACAGUCCAGAACGGAUUUUAUGGCUCCAAAUCCUAUGCAAUGGCUGUCCGGGAUGUGAAGCUGUUUUUCCCAGAAGGGCUGUGCUGUGCCCAGUGUCAGACAGGGCAGGAGGAAGAGAUCUAUAACCUGAAACAUGACCCCAUCCUCAGCCUGGCAGUUGGGAAGCAGCGCAAGAUCCUGACCUGUGACCCAGGGAAACAUCCCAGUGUCCCGGGCUCCGAGCAGCCAGGCAGCCCUGGUCAGCCUUUGCUGGAGAAGCUGUGCCACCCCACCUGCCUGGUGCUGCCCGGGAURAUCCUGCGGGGCUCGGAGCCGCCGCCGUACGUGGCGCUGCUGGAGGAGCUGGUGGGCAGCGGCUUGGCGGUGACCGGRGCUCGCCUGGCCGUGCUGGACUCACCCCAGGCUCUCUGCAUCUCACAGCUGCUCAGCAGGGCCAAGGGCAGUGUUGCAGCAAAGUGCUCCCUGCUGAAGGACGGGCUGUGCCUGGUGCUGGCAGGGGACAGYGCUGUCACCUCCCUGGGCUCUCUGCUGGACAGUGCCUGCUGGCAGAACCAGUCUGUCCUGGACACUGCAGAGCAUCUCCUUUAUCCCCAGAACGAGAAUCAGGCAAGUAGAGCUGUUUGUGGUACAGUUAUGUGAUCUUUAUGCCCCUGUGAUGAAGGAAACUUGUCAGUGGUGGUUGGAAUUUUAAA